AUGUUAGCCACUUUGAUUGGUCUUACGCUGCUGCUCCAAGCUAACACGAUUGCAGGACAAGAUUACCAGGUUUAUGGAUCACCUGGCGUACAGGUAAUAUACCCAUCCUCGUCACAGGUUCAAGUUGUGGGCGGAAGACAUUUCUUUCGCAACGGAUUGCGAAGGAAUCUCACGAUUAGUGCGAACGCAACCAGCCAGGACUUUCAACUUGUCAGCAAUGUGAGCAACGGAAAUGCAGGCAACACUCCACUUCGGAACUUCAUAAGGUCUCUGUUUGGCCGCCAGCCCAAUAUCCAGUUUGUGAACCUGAAUUCCAGAGCCUUUAACGACGUCUCCCAGGCCCAGGAGCCUCAAUACUGGGAUACAUAUCGGUCCUAUGCGACUCCAGUGGUUCUGCCCCGCACACGAGUUAAGGCUGUGCGACAGGGUGGUGUUCCACGCCGGAUUUUGGUUCGGAAUCUGAUGACCACCAAAUCCCAGACGACCAAUUUGCAGUCCUACAGGAUUCCCGUUUUUGAGAAUGACUUGCUGUAUGGUCCGACAUAUGUAAAGUAA